AUGGGUAUUAAUGGCCUUUUAAUUGCUGGUGCGUUUGGGGCUAGUGCUUUAGCACUCACUGCUGUUAGUAUUCCUUUCGUCACUCCUGCCUUGCGCAAAGUUUGUAUCCCAUAUGUACCUGCAACGAAGUCACAGCUUGAAAAUGUUGCUAAAGUUCUAAAAAAAUCGUCUUUAUUUUCUCCUAUAGUCGACCUCGGUAGCGGGGAUGGACGUGUCGUAAAAAUGAAAUUUGGUGAGCAGCUUGCUAGCCAUUUGACUCCUGAGUGGCGAAAGCAAUAUAUUUGUUACGAAGAGUUGAAGUCCUUAUUAUAUGAGUUGCUUUUGGAAAUGCCAGCAGAUGAGGACAGUCGUCAGCAAUAUAUAACUCAAAUGGACGAGAAAUUUUUCGCUCAAUGUGAAGAAGAGUUGAUGAAAAUUAACUUGUUCUUCAGCCAAAAGAUAGCUGAAGCACAGGGCAAAUAUCACGAGCUAAGCACAGAAAUGUUGGCAUUUAAGGAAAUGGAACAACUGCAGCGAAAUGAAAUUGGCGUAGGGGCAUCACGUUUAAGAAGGCGGUUUGCUGGAAAAGGGACAGCAAGGAAUAUGAACCGUGAGAGAGCCAAAACUGCACAGCAGUUAAAAUUGGCGUUUUCAGAAUUUUACUUGUCGCUAGUUCUCGUACAGAAUUAUCAGCAAUUAAACGGCUUGGGUUUUCGUAAAAUUCUGAAGAAACAUGACAAACUUACUGGAAACGAACGAGGUUUGGAUUGGAGAAUUACGAGAGUAGAGAAAUCAUCAUUUUAUUUGAACCGAGAAAUAGAAACGUUGAUAAGUAAUGUGGAGACCUGUGUAAUUAAUGAACUUGAAGGUGGAAAUCGUCAGGCAGGAAUGAAACGCUUAAAGGUGCCUCCAUUAAGUGAGAAAGAGAAGGCUUCAACAACAUUUUUAUUGGGGUUUUUUCUAGGCUCUUCGAUUAUUUUAUGGGUUGUUAUAUUAUUCACAUAUCUGGCAUCUGCUGUAAGGCCUGAAGAACCAAAAUGGGUAGCAGUUCGUUUGUUUCGUGGUAUGCUGCUCUUUUUUCUCAGUGUUCUUUUAUGUGGUGUAAAUAUGUAUGGUUGGGCUGGGGCAGGUGUAAAUCACGUUCUAAUUUUUGAAGUUGAUCCCAGAAAUCAUCUUUCUUAUCAAUCACUGAUGGAGAUCGCUUCUUUUAUGUGUAUGUUGUGGUCUAUAGGUGUUCUGGGUUAUUUUUACUCCCCACUGAUUCAUUUGCCUCCUUUUUUGUUCCCUUUAGUUUUGAUGGUUGUUUGUGUAGUGAUCAUGUUCAAUCCUUUGAAGAAGCCUGAGAAAAUUUUCAGGAGGAACAGUCGAUUUUGGUUGAUAAAGCAUUGUUUCAAUUGUUUUACUGCGCCACUUCAUUUUGUCACUUUCGCUGAUUUCUGGCUUGGGGAUCAGAUGAAUUCUUUAACCACAAGUUUCCUCGACUUGCAGUACUUCAUUUGUUUUUACUCCACCGAAGUAGAUUAUUCUAAUGGUUGGUUAACAUUAAGAACUGUCAAUGUCACCGCUUCUGAGGAUGUCCCGUGGGGAUUUGUCGAUAUCAAUACUGGAAGAGACAAGUGCACGAGUGCGUCAGGUGUUCGGGCCUUCGUUUCUGUAAUACCAGCCUUAGUUCGUUUUUUGCAAUGCUUGCGCCGGUUCCGCGAUACUCAACGUGCUCAUCCACAUCUUGUUAAUGCUGGCAAGUACGCUACAACUUUUCUUGUCGUCAUGUUCAAGUCAUUGAACCAUUGGGCUGAAACAGUAGAUCCGACGACGACUAGUGUUUUCUUUUAUCUAUGGAUUCUGGCGUAUAUUAUCAGUUUUACAUACACUUUCUUGUGGGAUGUGUUUAUGGAUUGGGGCCUUAUUGACUCUAGAGCGCCAAAAGAUUCGCCAUUCUUGCGUGAAGAGAUGAUAUAUGGUAGCAAGUGGUACUAUUAUUUGGCUAUUGUAGAAGAUUUUGUAUUACGUUUGUCGUGGGUGUUAAACGUUUCUUUAGGGGAGGCUUGGACCUUAGAUUCGGAUUACUUGACGUGUAUUACCGCGCCUUUGGAGGUGUUUCGUCGAUUUGUUUGGAAUUAUUUUCGACUGGAGAAUGAGCAUGUUAAUAAUUGUGGUCAGUUUCGUGCUGUUAGGGAUAUUUCGGUUAAACCGAUCAAAAAAGGUGUUCUUGAGAUUCUAAUAGCUAAAAUGGAUCAGCCAGACGGUGUAACGCACCGUGGGCAAGAGCUUCGUGAAGGGGUGAAGAAACAACGGAAAGCUGCGAAAGCAACUCGCCAGAUUUUGCGUAAGUUUCCGAGAGUUGCAAUAAAUAUGAGUGGUCCUGCUACAUCCUCUGCAGAGCCAAAGCACUGA